AUAAUUUUGCUGUAGGACUUCCCGUCUCUCUGUCAUUCUUGAUCAAACCAACUUGUCAAGUUACAUUAAAGAAGACUAUUGGAUGUUAUUUAUAAGCAAAAGUCCAAAGCGUAGUUUACCUCCUUAUCUCAAAAUCUCCCACCCCUUUAGCUUUCAAGAAGACGUUACAUUCUGAUAAUUGCCAUGAUUAUCAUUAUAUCUAGAAAUACUUAUGAAGUGUGUUCUAAGACUAGUAUAGGUAAAGGUACUCUAGUAAUGACGAAAUGGACUAGAGUUGUAUUGGUUGGUGCAAGUAUCUAACAGCAAAUCCAAAUUUAAAUCCCAAGAACAUAGUAUUUAUAACUCAAGCACAAAGAAACACCAACAUCCAAGAACUUCUGAGCUUCUGUCUCUGCAAAUUCUGUUAUCACAAUGGAGGCAGAUUCAAGCCAAUUGGCAGAAGCAACAGCAGGUCAUAACUUGGAAGUUGGUGAAGAAGGAAGAGACCCAGAAAGCAAUACCCUUCACGAGCCACUCCUCAAGAGAAAUAGGACACUAUCUUCUAAUCCACUAGCCUUGGUUGGAGCCAAGGUCUCACAUAUAGAGAGUUUGGAUUACGAGAUCAAUGAGAAUGAUCUUUUCAAGCACGAUUGGAGAAGCAGAUCCAAAGUUCAAGUCUUGCAGUAUAUAUUCUGGAAAUGGACAUUGGCCUUUCUUGUUGGACUUUUAACUGGAUUAAUUGCAACCUUCAUCAAUCUUGCAGUUGAGAACAUUGCUGGUUACAAGAUUCUUGCUGUGGUUCGCUUCAUAGAGAAUAAAAGGUAUUUGACAGGGCUAGUCUACUUCACAGGGGCUAAUCUUCUCUUAACCUUAUUUGCUUCCGUCCUGUGCGUAUGUUUUGCACCAACGGCAGCAGGGCCUGGUAUACCUGAAAUCAAAGCUUAUCUCAAUGGAGUUGAUACUCCUAACAUGUUUGGGGUUACAACGUUGAUCGUUAAGAUAUUUGGAAGCAUAGGAGCUGUCUCUGCUGGACUUGAUUUAGGGAAAGAAGGGCCUCUGGUGCACAUUGGCAGCUGCAUUGCUUCCUUGUUAGGCCAAGGGGGACCUGAUAAUUACCGACUCAAGUGGCGCUGGCUUCGUUAUUUCAACAAUGACAGAGACCGACGAGAUAUCAUCACCUGCGGUGCUUCCUCGGGUGUUUGUGCAGCUUUCCGUUCCCCAGUGGGUGGUGUCCUCUUUGCUCUUGAAGAGGUAGCAACAUGGUGGAGGAGUGCACUCCUCUGGAGAACUUUCUUCAGCACAGCAGUAGUUGUGGUAAUCCUCAGGACUUUCAUUGAAAUAUGCAAUUCAGGGAAGUGUGGACUGUUUGGAAAAGGAGGGCUGAUAAUGUUCGAUGUGAGCGAUGUUGUGGUGACAUACCAUGUGAUGGAUGUCAUCCCUAUCACCAUAAUUGGCAUACUUGGAGGAAUUCUGGGAAGCCUCUACAAUUACCUUCUCCACAAGGUCCUUGUAGUCUACAAUCUCAUCAACCAGAAGGGAAGAAUACAUAAGCUCCUUCUCGCCCUAACUGUUUCAAUCUUUACCUCAUUGUGUCUAUAUGGCUUACCUUUCCUUGCCAAGUGCCAACCUUGUGAUCCCUCUGUACAAGAGAUCUGCCCUACUAAUUCCCGGUCAGGCAACUUCAAGCAAUUCAACUGUCCAGAUGGCCACUAUAAUGACCUUGCUACUCUCCUUUUCACAACAAAUGAUGAUGCCGUUCGAAACAUCUUCUCUUCCAACGCUCUUAAGGAGUUUCAGCCUGCAUCCCUCCUAAUUUUCUUUGUACUCUAUUGCAUCCUAGGACUAUUUACCUUCGGCAUUGCUGUGCCUUCAGGACUUUUCCUCCCCAUCAUCCUUAUGGGCUCAGCUUAUGGCCGUCUGCUUGGUAUUGCCAUGGGGUCCUAUACCAAAAUUGAUCAAGGGCUUUAUGCUGUUCUUGGUGCAGCCUCCCUCAUGGCUGGAUCGAUGAGGAUGACUGUUUCACUCUGUGUGAUUUUCCUUGAACUCACCAACAACCUCCUAUUACUUCCCAUAACAAUGAUAGUUCUCCUUAUAUCCAAAACUGUUGGAGACAGCUUUAAUCCAAGCAUCUAUGAAAUUAUUCUGGAUCUAAAAGGCCUGCCUUUCUUGGACGCAAACCCUGAGCCAUGGAUGAGAAAUCUCACUGUUGCUGAGCUUGCUGAUGCCAAACCACCAGUAGUCACUCUUUGUGGAGUUGAAAAGGUAUCCCGGAUUGUUGAAGUCCUCGAAAACACCACGCAUAAUGGAUUCCCAGUUGUAGACGAAGGAGUGGUGCCACUUAUGGGGCUGGCCACCGGGGCAACAGAACUACAUGGCCUGAUCCUGAGAGCUCACCUAGUUCAAGUGCUGAAGAAAAAGUGGUUCUUGCCAGAGAAAAGAAGAACAGAGGAAUGGGAAGUAAGAGAGAAAUUUGACUGGGUUGAGCUAGCUGAGAGGGAUGGAACAAUUGAAGAGGUGGCUGUGACAAGGAAUGAGAUGGACAUGUAUGUUGACUUGCAUCCUCUCACCAACACAACCCCUUACACAGUCGUGGAGAGCAUGUCAGUAGCAAAAGCCAUGGUGCUCUUCAGGCAGUUGGGACUUCGCCAUAUGCUCAUUCUACCCAAGUACCAAGCAGCUGGGGUCCCUCCAGUGGUUGGGAUACUGACCAGGCAGGAUUUAAGAGCACAUAACAUCUUGCUUGCCUUUCCUCAUUUGCAAGGAUCCAAAAGCAGAGAAAAGAAGCACUAGAUAUCUCCUCCCAGUUCAGCAAAUGAGAAGUUGAGUGAUUACAGCGGCUGGAACAUACACAUUUCUGUCUGUCGAUUUCAUAUUUUUUCCCUGAGUUCUACAUUCUUUCAUCAAAUUCUACAGGAAAUUGGAUGAUGAAAUUUCUCUCCAUUCUUUCUUUGGACUUCACAACAUCAUUUUUCAUUCCUUUUCACAGAAGAAGAUAAGAGGCGUAUAAUGAUUUGCUGUUAGAGCCUUGUCUCAUUACAUGUAACAUGUGUUGGAAAUAUUUGAAAGAGAAAAGGGAAACAUGGUGGAAGACAA